GCGAGGGAUUCAGCAAAGGACAAGAUAGCCCUGUCAAUACAGAUCCAUGGAGUGGAGUAGGAGAGCUAUCCCUGUCUCUGGGAUUUUCCUACUCUUUCUGAGGGUCACGGUGCAAAUAGACAACGUGGCAUUGAGAGGAGUGGCUGCUCAGUCAUCACAGUUUUCGGAUCGCAAUGCUCAUUAUGCAAUUGAUGGGAACAGAAACACAAACUAUGGAUCCUGCUCCCAUACUGCACAGGACACCAACCCCUGGUGGAGAGUGGACCUGCUGGAUGUGUACAACGUGACAGCUGUCACCAUCACCAACAGAGAUGCAUGUCCUGAGAGGCUUGAUGGUGCUGAGAUCCGUAUCGGUAACUCACUGGAGAACAAUGGCAUCAACAACCCCAGAUGUGUUGUCAUCUCCCACAUCCCAGCAGGAGAGACCAACACCUUCCAGUGUAAUGAGAUGGAUGGUCGCUAUGUUGUUGUGGUCAUCUAUGUCAGGAAGGAAUAUCUCACUCUGUGUGAGUUGGAAGUAUAUGGCACUCCUGCAGUAAAUGUAGCAUUGAAAGGAGUGGCCAGCCAGUCAUCACUGAAUGGGUAUGGCAAUGCUCACAAUGCCAUUGAUGGGAACAGAGAAUCAAACUAUGACAAAAGAUCCUGCACACACACUGAACAGGAGACCAACCCCUGGUGGAGAGUGGACCUGCUGGAUGUGACCAGAGUGACAGCUGUCAGCAUCACCAACAGAGGAGAUGGUGUUCCUGAGAGGCUUGAUGGUGCUGAGAUUCGUAUCGGUAACUCACUGGAGAACAACGGCAUCAACAACCCCAGAUGUGAUGUCAUCUCCAACAUCCCAGCAGGAAAGACCUACACCUUCCAGUGUAAUGCGAUGGAGGGUCGCUAUGUUGUUGUGGUCAUCCCUGGCAGGUCGGAAUGGCUCACACUUUGUGAGGUGGAAGUAUUUGCCACUGUCAAAACUCCAGAGUCUUCCACAGAAGCCCCCAAGUCAAAGAGAAUGGUGGUGAGGAUGAAGAUCCAAUCAGAUGCUGAUCUGACAAACCAGGCAGUCGGUGACCAGCUACUACAGCAGCUGCAUGUAGAGCUCGUGAAGCAGGGGGUGUCUGACUUUCAACUGCGCUGGAGGACUCAGCCAGAUGGACAGAUUUUCCACCAUGAGGAAGAAGAGAAGGAGGGUGGAUCCACACAGACAGGUGUCUGUGGAACUGAAGGGGGCUAGCCUGGUGAGAGACUCCAAGGAGACACGACAGUUUAAGAUUGGACUGUAUUGAUGACAAUCAAUCUACCGUAAAACUUGAAUUAAACCCAGUCUCAUAUAGCUAUGCAACAACACAUUUCAGCAACUAAAUGCCUGUUUCAAAUAAACUCAGGGUCUAAAUCCAAUCAAUGUUAUUUGUCACAUACACAUGGUUAGCAGAUGUUAAUGCGAGUGUAGCAAAAGUGCAAUACAUGGUAUAAAAUACAGUAUAUACAUGUGAUAUUUUUUUAUUGUACUCGGCAAGUCAGUUAAGAACAAAUUCUUAUUUUCAAUGACAGCCUGGGAACAGUGGGUUAACUGCCUUAUUCAGGGUCAGAACGACAGAUUUUUACCUCGUGAGCUCGGGGAUUCGAUCUUGCAACCUUUCGGUUACUUGUCCAACGCUCUAACCACUAGGCUACCUGCCGCAGAGUAAGAGUAAUGGAAGAUAUGUAAACAUUAUUAAAGUGGCAUUAUUUAGAAUGCAUUGUAUAAAGUGACUAGUGAUAAAUUAAUUGUUUACCAGGUUUAAUGUUUGACUUGUUACAGUAAAUCAUUCAGUAAUGACUCUAAAAAAUGGUCAAUCUUCUGUUUUUAUUGCCAGUAAGAAACUGCUAGCCAUUGGCUGCUAACAGUUGAGAACUGCUAUGUAUAAACUGGCAAGCCCAAAAACACUCAACAACUUCGGGAGUACAAACCCCAAGAAAUGGGCAAGAACUGACAAACACAUGUACUCACUGUUUGUUUGUUACCUAUUCAUAGUCACUUUGGGCUUGCCAGUUUAUACCUAGCAGCCCCACCUACAUGUACAGAUUACCCCUACUAGCCUGUACUCCUGCACACUGACUCGGUACCGGUGUCCCCUGUAUAUAGA